AUGGACGUGAACCUCGCCCCGCUCCGGGCCUGGGACGACUUCUUCCCCGGCUCCGACCGCUUCGCGCGGCCGGACUUCAGGGACAUUUCCAAAUGGAACAACCGCGUGGUGAGCAACCUGCUCUACUACCAGACCAACUACCUGGUGCUGGCCGCCAUGAUGGUCUCCGUGGUGGGGUUCCUGAGUCCCUUCAACAUGAUCCUGGGCGGCAUUGUGGUGGUGCUGGUGUUCACGGGGUUCGUGUGGGCUGCCCACAACAAGGACGUGCUCCGCCGCCUCAAGAAGCAGUACCCCACCACCUUCGUCAUGGUGGUCAUGGUGGCCAGCUACUUCCUCAUCUCCAUGUUCGGGGGCGUCAUGGUCUUCGUGUUCGGCAUCACCUUCCCUCUGCUGUUGAUGUUCAUCCAUGCUUCGCUCAGACUUAGGAACCUCAAGAACAAGAUGGAGAAUAAGCUGGAGGGCAUCGGCCUGAAGAGGACGCCCAUGGGCAUCGUGCUGGACGCCCUGGAGCAGCAGGAGGAAGGCCUGGGCAAGCUCACUGACUAUCUCAGCAAAGCGAGGGAGUGA